CUGGGCUGAAGCAGCAGCCAGAAUCUUCCUGACAAUACUUUACUUUCAAGCACAAAGUCCUUUCUACUGCGGUUUGGAGAAUGAGUGACUGGGAGAACGUCAUCAAGGUCUGGACUGUUGUGGAGCCAAACAUAACUGGAAUCGGACAGACUAUUCUACUGCGAUUAUUUGAGGAACAUGCGGAAACCAAAGCACUUUUCCCCAAGUUUAAGGACAUCCCCCUGGAGCAGCUGGGGAACAAUGAAGAUCUCCGCAAGCAUGCCAACACCGUUUUCCGGGCUCUGGGCAAUAUCUUGAAACAGAAGGGCAACCAUGGUGCCAAUGUGAAGGAACUUGCAGACACUCAUAUUAAUAAACACAAAAUCCCACCAAAGAACUUCACUUUAAUCACCAAUGUUGCUGUGAAAGUAUUGACCGAGAUGUACCCACGUGAUAUGACUGGACCGAUGCAAGAUACUUUCUCACGUGUUUUUAAAAUCAUCUGCUCUGACCUUGAGAAACUGUACAAGGAUGCUAACUUCCAGGGUUAAAGAGAGUAUUGCUUUAAAGAUGCCACUCCUGAGUCAAGCUCACAGCUAACAGCACUGAAAUUGUAAUGAAUAGUUUGCCAAAACAGCUUGGUAUAGAGGCGGCUACUCAGUUUUUAAUAUUUACUUGGUGAAUUCAUUCACAAUGUAAUGAAUGUGUGCAAAUUGCAAUUAGACAAUUAAAAAUUUACCCUUGCUUCUAUUUGAAUUCUCACCCAUCCUUUCUUUUUGAAAAACCCCCUUAGCCAGGAUUCCCAGGAAACUCUCAGCCUGAGGUAUAACACAUUGUGCCAUUGAAUUCCAAAGCUGUCACCAGGAUUCAAACUCUGUGGUUCCACAUUAGAAGUUAGAACCGGGAGUAAAAAUCUACACUAGUAUUCACCCACCAUAGCAUUUACAAUGCAACCAAAUUCUAAUCACCUGCUCUCCACACUGAAGCAUGGAGAUAAAACAUUAACUGACCUGUGGGGCUAUGAGAUGUUAGCAUAAAGGUUAUUGAUUUAAGUGGCUGGGGCAGGCAAAGUAGCUAUGAUUUAAGCAACAGCUCCCACUUAGCACUCUGCGUAAUUUUUUUUUAUUCAUUCAUUCAUGGGAUGCAGGCAUUGCUGGCUAGGCCAGCAUUUAUUGUCCAUCCAUGAAAGAGGGCAUUUAUGAGUCAAUCACACUGCUAUGGGUCUGGAGUCCUGUGUAGGCCAGACCAGAUUCCCUUCCCCUAAGGGGUAAGUAGAUGGGUUUUUAAAACAAUUGUUAUCAUCAGACUUUUAUUGAAUUCAAAUUUCACCAUGUGCUGUGGUGGGAUUUGAACCCAUGUCCCCAGAGUGUUACCACUGGUCACUAGAAUAACAGUGAGUGACAAUACCACUACACCACUGCCUCCAUUUGAGCAUACAGUCAUUAAAACUUUGCUCCCAUACCCUAACUCACAUCAAUACCCAUUCACCCAACAAUCCUCCAUUCGCUGAGCUACAUUUGGCAAUACUCCCCAAGCCUGCUUCUUUGUUCAGUAAGAUCAGUUUAUAUAUCAACUCCAAUUUCCCGCACUAUCCCUAGAUCCCUCGAUUCCCUUAGUGCCUGAAAUGAAGUUCCUUUUUUGGUUUACAGUAUGAAUUUGAACUAACACCAACUGGUACUGAUGCAGGACUCCACGGUUUAGCAAAGAACCCAUUAUACAGUGAUGUCAAGAUUGGCCCUUAUUGCUUAUUUUGGAGGUAUUUUAGGGUUUCAUUUUUAAAUAUUAAUUACAGAAAGGGGUUUAGUUGCCUAGAUUAUUUUAGCUGCUUCUGACUUACAUUCUCAGCACUUUCAGAAAUAGGGUCAAAGAUAAUUCCAAUCUUAAAACAUGCUUGGAAGAUACCCUAACUGGGCAGAUUGGACAAUUUAAAAAUUGUCUAUGCAUUGCCUGAAGGUAGUUACCAUCUCUCUGAGAUUGGCAUGAUGCCGGUGUAGUCACAGGGGUAUAGGUCUCUAAGCUACAAGUAAGCAGAAACAGUUCAUCGUAACCGGGGCCCCUGGGUUAUGGUAGCCGGGCAGCUACAUUCUGCUUUUAUUACAUGGGGAGUCUUUAGCAAGGUGCUAGGGAUUGAAGUCUUUGAUCCUUCUCAUUUUGUAUAUGGAAACCGAGAUCCAGUGGUGGUUAUGAGCAACUCGUCACUGAGAGGCGUCAGUAAGAUAUGGAAAUUCCCAAUUAUGUCCUACAUUUAUGGAAAAUACAUAUUCAGCUUGCCUGGGCUGUGAGAAUAGUUUUGCUCACUCUAUCCCAAGACUUAAUGGUUACAAGGAGCAGCAAGUCAUACCUUGUACAAUAGCCAAUAGCACUACUCACUCUUUACAGGUAUUCCGUCCCAGGUAAAAGUGUUUCAAGCAGUAAAUUUAAAUGGAUCAUGGUGGUGAUUGUAAGUGUGCCCCCCGCCCCCCUCCCCACCAUGUAAUACAAUAUACUGUUCAAGUAAAAAGUGGAAGCCAACAUCCACACAUUGUGUAGAAGUAUUCCCCUUGGUGAUAGGGGCACCUAAGGCAACUGGGAUUGUUCUGAUUAAUUGCUAACUCAUGUAUUCCUUCAUAUACUGUGUCUUGCAUAGCAUUGUACAAUGGAAUGUCUCCACCCAGACAGAGGGGGGAUUAAAAUGGUCAAUUUGCCCCAGUGUCCAUGACUGUAGGGAAUUGGACUUCUGAGGAUUGGACAGACUCCAUUUGGAUAGGAGUCUCAUGCGUAAAAUUCACUGAUCAAGCUGUACAUGAAAAACCUUAAUAAAGAUUGCAUUCUGCUGUA